CAACGGGCCUGAAUUUUUGAAGACAUUAUUGUCACAGUCGACUUUGCCAAUACAGCAGUACACAGAUGGCUAGUAUUUCAGUUCUGUACAUCAAAUCAACCCAUUUUGUUUAGAUUUCUGUUCUUCACUUGGUCACCAUAUCACCAUACCAAUGGUGGGCUCUCAGGAUUCAAGAAGACAGUCAAAGAGAUCCCGAGCUGGCGAUGCGGCUAUGGGCAAGACAAUGCAGACUGAUGAUGUACGAAUCAAGCGGCGUCGCACAUCUCAAAUCAACAACGACAUGAUUAAAUCUCACAAGUCGCUUGAAUGCAAGGAGAAUAAGAACCGAGGCGAUAAUCUGAAUACAUCAACCGCCACCAGUGUUACUACUGUACAGAAGACCCAGAUGCUACUUAAUCCAUGGUCUUCUACCAGUGUGGUGGCUGGCCAGUACAGCAACUUAGAUCCAAUCUUCACACCUGAUGACGAAUACCUCCUUCUCGGCCUUGAGACAGCAGUCCAUGUUUAUUCUCUUGCAACUUCGCGCCUUAUCCGAACCCUUCAGGCUAAAGAUGGAGAUAGCAUAGUCGGGUAUAAGCUUUCUCCAGAAGACUCGAAAAUUCUCUAUAUCUUUACUUUGAACGGUUCCAUCAGCAAGUGGGAGUGGCUUUCCGGCGAACAAUCUUCGUACUGGGAUACGUGCCACAAGACAAUAUCCGUCGAAGUGUGCCUUACUGAUGCUGGAUCAGACUGCUUGUUCUUCCUGCGGGAACGCAAGGAUGGAAAACGAGGAAUAGCAAUUGAACACUCAAGCGAUGAAAAAUCACGCGAGAACAUCAUUCUAGAGACUAAUGUACAAAUCAACAAUCUCAAAAUCGCAUCCCAAGGCCAAUUUAUUAUGGCAUAUGGCGAUCAGAAUGUGUUCUUUGGCCGUACGCGGCUCGGGAAGCCUUCCGAACCCGCCCAAUAUACUUGGAGAGAGGUCAACUUGCCUGUUAACAUCAUGUGCAUUGAUGUUCGACAUAACGCAACUUCAAAUCGAUCUGCAGCACGGUCCCCAAGAGACCGGAAACAAUAUGACAAGAUUGACCUUGUGUUGGGUGAACUAGGUGGCUCUAUACUUAUCUACCAUGACAUAUUACGUUUUCUCGAUGAUGAGGAAGGCCGACAGAAUGGAAAAACCCUAACGCCUCGGCGCCUACAUUGGCAUAGAAGUUCUGUCAAUAGUGUACGUUGGUCUAAGGACGGCAAUUACAUUAUAUCAGGUGGAAAUGAGUCGGUCAUGGUCCUUUGGCAGCUGGACACUGGUAGAAAGCAGUUCCUACCCCACCUUUCAUCGCCGAUCGGUAACAUAGCCGUCUCUACGAGUGGAAACUCAUAUGCUGUCAAGUUAGCCGACAACUCGAUCAUUGUCCUGUCAGCGCGAGAAUUACAACCUUCUUCUAUCAUCACAGGCUUGCAGCUAUGCCCCAAGAUGACAAAUGCCGAUGGCGAAAAUGCUUCUGGGGUACAGCCCUCAUAUGGUGCUGUCGCUGCUGCGUUGCAUCCGCAGAACCCGGAUCAACUUCUUAUCACUGUACCUGCCUCUCGUCAGACGACACGGGAAGGUCAUCCUUUGGUUAAUGCGUCCACUCUCCAAACAUACGACAUUCGCACGAACAGUCAUAUCUCGCGUCAAGCCCUAGCACGCACGAACGCCACUACGCUGAAGAUCAGUCCCGAAGGCUCACAUAUAGUUACCCCGGAUGUUAGCCACCUGAGUGUUUCCAAGGACGGAAAAUGGAUGGCCACAAUUGACAAUUGGAGCCCCAACGUGAGAGAUAUGCAGGCACUCUACUACAGGGAUUCUGGUUUUAAUAGACUUUCUGAAGACUCCCAGGAGAUCUUCUUAAAGUUUUGGAGAUGGAGUAGCUCUUCCAACCUUUGGGAAUUGGUCACUCGAAUUGAUAGCCCUCAUUUCUCAGACAAAGGCCCUGCGCGUGUCUUGCAUAUUGCUGCACGGGCACACAGUACUGAAUUCGCAACUAUCGGUUCGGAUGCAGUUUUGCGCUUUUGGUGUCCUAGUAUUAGGCAGCGCAGUGGUUUAAAGUCUGACGGCCUAGACCAGCCUACAGAAACAUGGAAAUGUCGGAGUGCCGUUGACCUGAAGACAUUCUUUGAUGUUGGAAUGGCUGGUGCCCUGAGUGCAGCUUCCAUGGAUUUCUCUCAAGACGGGUCUGUCCUUGCUGUCUGCCUAGGAACAACGACAUGUCUAAAUCGUGGACUUGCCAUCUUGAUUGAUGCACAGAAAUGUACUGUUCGUUACAGCAGGGUUGGAUUGUAUAUGGAUCUGCCUAGUGCGGCUGCGUUCGUCGGAUGCAAUCUUGUUAUUGCGUCACGGCAAUCGGUGUCCAUCUGGGAUACGGUCGAUGAUCUUGUAAGGACAAUUGAGCUGCCAGGGCCUGGAGACAUCUCUUCCAACCAGCCACGUCUGUUGGCUGUGAAUCCCGAGACGCAGACCUUUGCUGUAUCAGCAGAGUCUUUGCAAAGCCCUCCCGUAUCCAGGAAGAACCGCCUACUUCAGUCUCACAUACAGGUGUACGACAUGUCUGUAUUGUCACUACUUUCGGAAACUGUGCUUAGGCGCCAUCCAGUUGCAUUGCUGUCGGCUGUCCAUUCCAGUGAUUAUGUUGUUGUUGAUUCUGCGGCUAACGUCCAACGAAUUGGCCGCCUAGACAAGAGCCUUCAGAGUAACAGCCACUCGCUUGACCUUACAACCCACCUUAUUAAAGGUUCAGGCCUGGCAAACCUAUUUGGACAACAAGAUGAAGGCAAGCCCCAAGAUUCACAGUACAGCUCCAUGGACUUUGACUGGGAUACCCAGAACCCGCAAAAGGAGCUGGCUAGUGUAUUUGACGAUGCGCCGCCCUUUGUUAUGCCCCCUGCCAAUAUGAUUUUCCGCAACGUGGUAGAUGUUCUAUCCGGCUAGUUGCAGGGGCUGGGAACCGGUCUUCUUAAGGGACUAAUGUGACAUAACCUUUGAUUCUCUAUUCAUACUAUUAGCUGAACUCGCUGCCUGAAACAGGCUGUUUUAACAGUAUACAACCUCCGUUUCAAUCUAGUUCUGCAAGUCUACAGAGUGGAUUUCGAACCCAUUUUGUUGCCCUACCUUGGCUAUCAACAAUGCAUCGAUGUCAAGUACCUAGAUUCAAAAGAGCUAAGAUAUUUCUAGUAAAACCGUACUCUAUACCAUGGUACGAAUGACAAGGUGAUCCGUUUAUAUAGACAA